AUGCCUUCUUUCUGCCCCUCAUUGUCACUGCCCCAGCGGCAAACAGCCGUCGUUGCCCAAGGGCCUGGGAAGCUGGCAAUUCGACACGAUGUGCCCAUGCCCGUACUGGCUUCUGACACGGUGAUCGUGAAGACAGCUGCAGUUGCGAUCAACCCCGCCGAUGCCAAAAUGCUCGACUACAGCGCAGCCGCUGGGGCCAUCCAUGGCUACGACUUCGCUGGCACCGUCGUAGCCUUGGGGGCCAAUGCCCUUGCAUCAGGCUCCUUCAAAGUUGGCGAUAAAGUGGCUGGCCUGGUGCACGGAAUGAACAAGUUGAAGCCUGACACCGGCGCCUUUGCUGAAUAUGUGGGCGCGUACGAGGAUUUGCUAUUGAAGCUCCCGGAUCACAUGAGUUUCGAAGAAGGCGCGUCACUGGGGACUGGUGUUGCCACUGCUACACUGGGCCUCUUUCAUGAGCUGAGCGUUCUGACAUCCCUGGACGAGCUACGCAACUCUACUGGAAAUGCGGAUGGUCCCAGCCAGGAAAGCAAGUUUGUCUUGGUCGCAGGCGGUAGCACGGCAACCGGCACCCGUGCGCUUCAACUGCUCAAGCUAGCCGGGCUUCGCCCUAUUGCCACUUGCUCGACCUCCAACUUCGAACUGGCCCGUCGAUAUGGCGCCGAGGAGGUAUUCGACUAUCGCAGCGACACAUGCGCGGAAGACAUCCGGGCUUAUACGGACAACGAGCUGGCAUUCGCUCUCGACUGCGUUACCCAGGCCGAUACGACACAGCUCUGUUACGCUGCCCUGGGCCGCGCCGGUGGCCGUUAUGUCUCCCUCGAACCAUACCGUGAGGCGAUCUCAGAGUCACGCGCCUUGACCGUCCAGCCCUCGUGGCUGAUGGUGCUGACCAUUUUUGGCCACAAAGUGGCGUUGGAUGGAGAAUAUGGCCGUGAGGCGCAGCCCGAGGAUCGAGAAUUUGGUGCAACGGCGUUUGCAGCGGUCCAAGCCCUGCUUGAUCGUGGUCUGAUUGACGCCCAUCCGAUCAAAGUGCAGAAAGAAGGGUGGGAAGGUGUUAUUCGCGGAGUGGAUACGAUUCGCAGUCAGGCAAUGUCGGGCCAAAAGCUGGUCUAUACUGUUGCCUGA